AUGGAUAUUCGAAGCUUUUUUAGCAGUACUGGAGCGAAAUUAAAAAGAAAGCUGAGCCCAGGUGGAAGCAGCUCGAACGAAGAUAGCGAUGCUGCAACUGAUACGAUGGAUGACUGUCAUCCUAAUGAUAUUGGUAAGUGGAUUAACAUGCCGAACGCUAUGUCUGCUGCACAGAGAAGGACGCUGUUAACAGAUUGUUGGAAGCCCGACGAAAAUUAUAAUUUUUCAAAUGAUGCGACACAUUUGAAACGCAAGUUCAAUAGAGUCUGGUUGGACAUGUAUACACCGUGGUUGGUGUAUUCCCGCAGGCUUAAAGGAGCUUUUUGUUUACACUGCGUGCUGUUUAAGCCACCAAACAAACCAGGAAUUGUUUCUUCAUUUGUUGUGCGCCCUUUCACAAAAUUUAAAAAUGUACAUGAGUACUGCAAAUCUCAUGCUUCUUCAAAUGUGCAUAAAGAGGCUACGCAGUCUGCAAAGUUGUUUUUAGAAGGAACACCUGUUGAUUUUCAGAUGCAAUGUGGGCACGCAAAGACUGUUGCAGAAAACAGAAAAUUUUUAAAAGAAAUAAUUUCCACUAGCAUAUUUUGCGGAACGCAUGACCUUCCUCUUCGGGGAAAGUUGAAUGACGAAGAUCUUUGGCGUAAUGUUAAAAACCUUAAUGUGCAUGGAAAAAUCAAAUCGAAAUGUACCAUUGAUCCCGAGACACUAAAUGAUUUCUUUGUUAGUGCCUGCAAUACCGUUACCCUACCUCAAAUGAGGGAUGUUAAUCUGGGACAUUCUAGUGUUGUAAAGGAAUUUCAGUUUGAAGGAUCGUUAACAAUGCAAGUUCAGGAUAACUGCGCAUUUUGCCUCGUCUCUAUGAAGCGUCGAGCAUUGAAAAGGUUACAGCCAUGCAUACACCUAUUUAAUGCUGACUGUUUUGAAAAUGUACCAACCGCAACAAGUUGUCCAAUUUGUCGAACCGAUGUAACGGUUGCCGAAUCAGUUGAGCGACGUGCCAACAUAAAAUACUCUGCUGAAGACAGGAAGCGAAUUGUGGAGGCAGCCAAUAAAGGCCUUGAUUGGGUGCAGCUGGCGGAGUCUUUAAAUGUAAAAUAUAAAACGGCUUACGUAUGGGUAUCUUCUGGCACUCCUCAAGCACUAAGGCGAGGUGGUACAAAAGAAAGAGCGCUGACGGACAAUGAAGUUGCAGUGAUGGUCCAAUGGAUUGAGGAGGAUGCCACUAUGACACUCACAAAAAUUCGUGAAAAAAUUAAACAAACGUUUAGAAAAGAUGUGUGCAUUUCCAGCGUGGGAAACUAUUUACAAGGACAACUUUUUACGAUGAAGGGGAUUCAUAAGGAACCUCAAUCAAUGAAUUCGCAGCUAAAUAAGGAAAAGCGCCGCGAAUACGUAUGUACGUUGAAUCAAUAUAUUCAGGAAGGCAAGCAGAUUUUAUACAUCGACGAGACAAAUUUUAAUUUAUUUUGUCGGCGUUCACGAGGUCGUGCUAAGGUUGGAAAACGUGCGGUACAAGUUUUACCAGUGGCUAAAGGGCCAAACGUGCACCUUAUUGGGGCCAUUUAUGCGUCUGGUGUAGUCAAAAUGACUACCAGAAGAGGAUCCUUCAAGUCUGAGGACGCAAACGCUUGGCUCCGCUCCGUUUUAGAUAGGUGGUGCGAAAUGGGUAAUCAGCUUACCGAUGCCAUUAUUGUGUGCGACAACGCGCCAUGCCAUUCAAAGCUACACGAGGUAUGUGCAGAGUCCACUUUAUUGCGGCUUGGACCAUAUUCUCCUAUGCUUAACCCCAUAGAGAUAAUAUGGGGAAAAACUAAGGCGAAUGUAAAGUCAAAUAUACGGACUCCAGACGUGAUUGGACCGGGUGUUAUUGAGCAAAGGUUGCAGUAUUUAGAGGGCCUAAUAAAAGACGCUGCCGCCGCUGUUAAUGGUGGAGAUUGCGCUAGAUCGGUGCAGCACAGUACGUCGUUCCACGCUGCUGUAAUUUCGCUCGACAAUAUGCCAGUUGGACAGUGA